AUGGAUCAGCCACCAGGCGCAGCUCGGGCUCCCUCAGCCUCCAGGUGCAGCAGUGAACCCUCCAAGUGCUUCCAGUUUUUGGGUGUCUGCCGACAUGCGGAACGGGCCGAUGAUGUGGGCGCCUUGGUGGACGGCUUGCCAUGGUGCCUCUUGGAGGACUCCAAACAGUGGCCCUAUGACCCUCCGCUGAGUGAUGCAGGACUACUCGGUGCCCGAGAACUUGGCCUGAAAUUUCGGAAAAUGCUCCAAGAGUUGGAUACUGAUUUGCAUGUGGUGAUCACCUCGCCUUUUCUGCGCUGUGUACAAACUGCUGCUAUGAUCUGUCAGCCGUUUGGACGGGGCACCAAGCUGCUUAUUGACAACUCGUUGGCUGAGAUUUAUGGCCCUUGUAUAAUUGGAGACGCGGAACCUGACAAGCCAGUGCGGCCUCUGCAGCAAAGCGCAGACUUUUGUUUAGCACACGGCGUUGAGAGUUUGGAAGUACGGAGACUAGUAGGGAAGUGGCCCAGUUGGCCAGAAACGCUUAAAGGUGCACGCGCGCGCUUUGCAACGCGCUUCGUGGAGUAUUUGAAGAGGGGUCAUAAGGUGUCCCGAAACUUUCUGCUUGUCUCUCAUGCAGAUUGUGUCGGAGGUGCUUUGACCUUGAUCCCUGGGGCUGGACACAAUAUCGAGAAAGUGCACUUUGGCGGCCACUUCGUGGCCUUCCAUCACAAAGAUGUGGAAUUAGAGGAUGUCCGUGAAGCCUCGCUUCAGUCUCCCAUCGAGCAACUGGAUCGUGCAGCAGAAGCUGCAGUCAGGCGCCUCAAGGCGUUUCAUUCCGAGUCCUCUGGAGCUGGAGCUGAGGGAAAUAGCAACGCUGGCAACGCUGGCAACGCUGGCAACGCAGCCAUUUCCUCCCGAGACUUCAAACGAGGUCGGGGAGCUGCCUACAUCCGCCGCGAGGAAACACGCCAUGCCAUGUGGGCCAAACGUGAAUGGUCUGGGCUUCAAGGGUUUACACAAGAAGAACAAGUGAUGAUGGAUGUUAGUGACUUGGGCAGCGGACGUGUUGCUGAAGAUGGGAUUCCACUUGGACAAGGGUGGCUGCUCCAGAUUUCGGGUGUCGUUGUGAGUGGUCGGAGGAAGAGCUUGGGCUCCAAGAAGGCUGAUGGUCCUGCUGGUCAGGUUCUACGAGACUGGGGACCACCAGUACUAUUGCCCGAAGAGGGACGCUGGUGGCACGAAGCCUUGUCAAGUUUGCCACAAACACCCUUGGGUUGGGAGGAAGAUCGUCGGUCCAGUGGGCGGCACUCCGUCGCAUCUUUGGAGCUUUUUGCAGGAACCGAUUCUGACUUCUCAACUGCCACAUGUCCUCGGAUGUCUCCCAGGCACACCCUUUUCACAGAUACUUCGGAGGAGGUGGAGGUUUUCAAUCUGUGGACUGGGCAGAAUUUGCCUUCAUCUCCUGAGCAUUGCUUGGUGGUGGCUCCACAGACCAGCUUGCCCGCUGGACCAAAGCGCCCAUCCUUCUUCCGGCGCCGAUCGACUGCGUCCACCGCACUGUCCGAGCAGAGCGCAGAAAUCUCGGUAGUUCGGCAUGUGAAGAGCCACCCAGGUGUCACCACAGAGAAGUGACGGGAGCGAUGAUGUCACGCUUCCCAGACCACUGGAUGAUGAGACUUCCUCCAGCUGUUCUGGGGGUUCAGUGGCCAGAUCACAAAUGCUCGUGUUGCCUCCGUUACUGGAUUUGCACAGCAAGCCCGGCUUGGAGACAGGUGCUCCCUUUGAUCCUGACAAAUCUCCUUUGUUUCAACGAAGGAGAAGGAAGGCCAUCAGCAGCGAUGACUCCGCCACUUCUUUGGCCAACCUUUCUACAACUGAUGGCAGCGGAUGCUGGAAUUAAUUUCCUAUUGUACAGUGUAGUACAGAGUUGACAGUUUAAUGUGUUUACAUCGUACCAUUGCACGAAAGCUGCCAGAGGGUCAGUUGUUUGGAC